UUAUUUGUCGUGUUUUUUGUAAAAAAAAAACAUUUUUUAAAAACGAAACAAACAAAAUAACACAAAAAAAACUAUAUUUAUAUGAUUUAUUUAGAGGGAUCUGGAUAGUCUUGCACCUUGAUACCUGAAACAAACCAUAUGACAGCAAAGCUGCGAGCUACUAGGAAUGGACGCUCCCAAAGACUAUUAUAUACGCACCUCCAUUAUGAUGCAUCGUUCCAGAAUAUUUGGAAAAGCACCAACACAGAAUAUGAAUAUGGAAUAAACAUAGCUACGGAUCAAACCUAAAAUAACUGUUUUAUCAACCAACUUUAUUUGAAAGCAAUUUCUACAUAUAAAUGCCUGAAAUGGAAACUAUAUCCAUAGCAUACAAGUCAGGGAACCCCAGGCUCCAAAGUGACAGAGGCCUAGAGGUCAAGUCUCUGGUAUCCAGGGGUAACAGCAAAGCAACACCUCCAUCAAAGGGAAAAGCCGCUCACAGGGCUACUGCUGACCUGUACCACACCCCAAAGUCCCAAAAGGCUAAAGUCCUAUAUGAGUCCAUCUUGCUUGUUGACUCCAGCAACCGCAAUGAAAUCAGGAUGAUCCUGAGGAUGAUUGGCUUCCCCCUGACAGAGAAGCAGCUGAAUAACAUAAACAAACAAGAAAUUAAAUUAUUGGAAGAUAUCAAAAAUAAAGACAUUAAAAGAAAGGAGCUGAAAAAGAAAUGGAGCCAGCUGCAGAGGCCUAAAUGGAUCCUCAAGCUUAUCAAGCUGCGACAGGGGACAAAACCCGUCCGUGGCAGCAGCGGACUGAAGACAACAGCCAGCCAUAGUGAAGGGGGCUCUGCCCAUACAUCAGAUAAGGCGACAAGCAACAAGGGGCAAAAGAGAACAGCCAGCCAUAUGAAAGGAGAAAGCAGCUGUACCUUAGAGGCAUCUAGAAGGGGACAGAAGAGAUCAGCCAGCCAGAUGGAACAAGUAGAACUCAACUCAUUCAUACGCUUCUUCAAUAUCCCUCCCAACCAGAAGAAGUUGAGAGUCACUGAUAUUUACUCAUAUGUAUUUGCACCCAGCCACAUAGCCGAUCACACAUAUGCACGCAAGAAUAGUUCCUAACAUAAAGAUUGCAACAAUAUAAAGUUGGUAAAAUAAAAUGUGACAUAACAGUCAUCAGUCAGUGUGUUUUGGUUCACUAUUCUUAGCAACAACAGCCAGAGAAAGCUACCCUUUGGACAUGUAAUUGAGUCAUGUAACCAUUCUAGAGCUAUACUGCAGAUAAA